UAGCUAGUAGCUACAAAGUACCUACAUAAUGUUCAGUUCACUCUCAAAUCUGUCCUGAUAUAGACGCGUGUGUGAUUUUAAUUUUAAUUUUUAUUAUAAAUAAUUUUUACAGUUUUGUUUUAAUUAUUAUGGAGAUGUAUAUUAAUAAUAAUGACAUUUUGACUUUAUUAUUGGAAGAUGAAGAAGAUUUUAUAUUUUCCUAUCUAAAACCAAAGUUCAUGGUUUAUGAUCAGGCGCGGAUCCAAAGGAAGGGGCGGAACCAACCAAUAUUUUCAAAAACAAUAAUUUUUAUUUUAAAUAUUGGCAUUUAAGUUGUUAUUUUAGAAUUUUUAUUCUAAGUUUUAGAAUUAAUAAUUCUAUAUAUUAUAUAUGUAAUCGUGCAUGGAGAGUAACAAAACAAUAUUUUAUUCUACAUUCAAUCAUAAUUUUACUGUAUUCUCUUUUGUGGUUAAAUUAACAGGCCCACCCAAAAAUAUAUUACUGGAUCCGCGCCUGUUUAUGAUGUAAUACAAUAACAUAUUAAAAUGAUAACGACAUUAUCACUUAUCAUGACAUUAUCAAAUUUUUAAAUUUCAUAAAUAAAUUACGUGAUUCGUGCGGCGAGUUUAAUUCAUUAUGACUUUUUCGAUUAGUUAGGUAAUUAAUGUGAAUUUUAACAUGAAUAAAUGCCUAGUAUGAUAUUAUAUAGUUUAACAGUCCAUCGAUUUUGAUUUCAACAACAAAGUUAUGCAUUAAUCAGUUGUUAAUGCUUUAUUAUUAUAGUAUCAAUAUGUAUUAAUUGAAAUGAUCAAUAUUGUAUGAAAUACUACCGCUAUAAUGCAUUUAUUGUUGUUGGGAAAACUACAUUUGGAUUUUCAAGUUGCAAUUCAAAAUAAAGGAAGUUGGAAACAUUAAUAUUCUUUUUGUUGUUUCAUUCUAAAUAAGCGCUUUAAAUCUCAUUUUAUUUUCUCUAUUAAAAUAAUUUAAAAUGUUUUGUUGGCCAUAUUUGAAAAGAAAUUUACUUUUUCGUAUCAUAUUUUUACUACUUAUAUCAUUAGUAAUUGUAUAUAAUUUAAAUUUUCUCAGUAAUAUUGAUCAAUUUUUCAAUUCAUCACAAAAACAUUUAAUUUCUUGUUAUUUUGAAGAAAAACAAGAUAAUUCUUUACUUGAAUUAAAUCCUGAAGAAGUAACAAAAAAUAGUAUUUUCUUUGUUGAAACAUCAUGUAACCAUAAAAAUGGAAUUAAUUUAAGUUUGAGACAAGGCUGUGCUAUAGAAUCGGCAGCAAAUUUAAAUCCUAAUUUAAAUAUAUUUGUAUUAUUUGUUGCUCCUAGUUAUAUAAAUAAUGAAUCUGAGAUUAUUAAUAGAUUUAAAAUGUAUACAAAUGUUAAUUUAAGGUAUAUAAAUUUUGUAAAAUAUUCUUAUAAUACUCCAUUGCAAGACUUUGUGAUAUCAAAUACUAUAUCCACUAGUCAAUGGCCAGUUUCUCAUGCAAGUGAUUUACUAAGAUUCUUAACAUUAUGGAAAUUCGGAGGGACCUAUUUGGACUUAGAUGUAGUUCUAAUGAAAUCUUUAGAGGGCCUAUCAAAUUUUGCAAGUAUUGAAUCAAACACAUCAGUUGCCUCACUUGUAUUGAAUUUUGAUGUCGAUAAAAUAGGAAGAGCAGUUGCUAAUACUUCAAUCAAUGAUUUUGCUUCUAAUUAUUGUAAUAAUGAUUGGGGAUAUAAUGGUCCGGGUGUUAUUACUAGAACACUUAAAAAAAUCUGUGGUACAAAUUCGGUAACUGAUAUGAAUAAACAAAAAUGCAAAGGAUUUACGGUAUUAGGGACAGAAGCAUUUUGUCCAAUAAGUUGGACUGAUUGGCAGCUAUAUUUUAAUACAAACACUAGUGAAGAAGUAAUGGUUAAACUUAAGAACAGCAUUGGUAUUCAUGUAUGGAAUUUACAUAGUAAACAUACUGUUAUUAAUGUAGGUUCUAAACAGCCAUAUGGUUUAGUUGCAAAACAAUAUUGCCCAGUUAGUUUUUCUUUGGCAAAGCAUGUAUUUUAACAAAUUUGAAAUAAUAACUGAAUAAAAAAAACAAAGAAUCUCUUAAUUUUAAUUUUUGAUACUAAGCUAGCCAUUAAGACUUAUGGAAUCAUACCAACAACAUAAUAACUUUGUUGGAAAUUUUAAUGUAAUGUCUUGAUUUGGUAAAUACAAGUAUUUAUUUUA